AUGUUGUGGAAAAAUGCAACGUUGACCGCAUUGACGGCACUUGCAUUCACCGUCGUGGCUGCCAGACGGACAAGCAAGCAACCCAAUGUCGUCUUCAUCAUCACCGACGAUCAGGAUGUCCACAUGCAGUCUCUGGAUCACAUGCCCCUUCUCCAACAGCACAUCAUUGACAAAGGAACGAAGUUCGAGAACCACUAUUGCACAGUGUCGAUCUGUUGUCCUUCUCGCGUCAACAUAUGGACUGGACGGGCUGCACACAAUACUAAUGUCACUGACCUCCAUCCUCCGCAUGGCGGAUAUCCAAAGUUUGUCGAGGAGGGACUGAACGAGAAUUGGCUUCCUGUCUGGCUUCAGAGACUAGGUUACAACACAUAUUAUACCGGGAAGCUAUUCAAUGCCCACAGCGUCGAUUAUUACGAUGCACCGCCUGUCAAUGGCUUCAAUGGCUCGGACUUUUUGCUAGAUCCAUACACCUAUGAAUACUACAAAUCCAGGAUGUCCAGAAAUGCCGCAGCGCCCGUGAGCUAUAACGGCCAGUACUCUCCGGAUGUUGUGGCGUCGAAGGCGUACGAGUUCCUGGAGCAGGCAACUCAACACGAUAGACCUUUCUUUCUCGCCGUGGCGCCCAUUGCGCCGCAUAGCWAUAUGAGAAAGGAGAACGGCAAGCCUGUGUUUGGACUUCCUGAAUAUGCGGACCGACACAAGCAUCUCUUCAAAGACUACAAGAUUCCGAGGACUGCAGACUUCAACCCUUCCCAUCCUUCCGGUGUGAGCUGGGUGAAGAGAUUACCAGAGCUCAACGAGUCUGAAGUAGCCUACUUCGAUGAAUUCCAGCGGGCAAGGCUGCGCUCGUUGCAGGCUGUUGACGAGAUGGUGGAGCAGAUUGUGCGUCGCCUCGAGUCGCAAGGUGUACUAGAGAACACAUACAUCUUCUACACCACAGACAAUGGGUACCACAUUGGGCAACAUCGCAUGCAGCCAGGGAAAGAGUGUCCUUUUGAAACAGACAUACACAUUCCGCUUGUGGUCCGAGGUCCAGGGAUCACCUCUGCCUCUGUCGCGGACGCAGUCACAUCGCAUACUGAUCUCGCAGCGACAGUCUUGAAGCUGGCCGGGAGUGAUKGUCAUGGGCUUGAAUUGGAUGGAACUCCUUUGCCACUAUUUCCUGGAGAUCAAGGCCCGGGAGAGCAUGUCAACGUAGAGUUCUGGGGACAGGCUCUCUCCGAGGGGAGAACAGGGGAAGAUCCUGGACUUGGACCGUUGAACAAUACCUACAAAGCAGUUCGCGUGAUUGGGCAAGGGUACAGUCUCCUCUACACAGUAUGGUGUACGGGAGAGAGGGAGUAUUACGACCUGAACCGCGAUCCCUUCCAGAUGCAAAACUUGCUUGACACGGGCUAUGAAUUCCUUGCACUGAACUACACUCUCGCUACCCGGCGAUUUGAGCACAUCAUCACUCGACUAGAUGCGUUACUGAUGGUGCUUAAAUCCUGCAAAGGCGAGACAUGUCGAAGCCCUUGGACUGUGUUGCAUCCGAGCGGUGAUGUGGCAAGUUUGAGAGAGGCGUUGAAUGCCGAUUUUGAUUCUUUCUAUGAGCAACAGCCAAGGAUUUCGUUCAACUCGUGCGUCAUGGGCCAUAUAGUUGAAGAGGAGGGGCCACAGGCUGUAGAUGUUUGGCGGGAAGAACCAUGGAACACGAAUGCCGACGAGAAUGGACAGCAAGUUCUAGGGGGCGGAAGUAGGUUGAUGUUCUAG